AUGUACCAGCUUGUGUCAGGGGCUGCCAAUCCCCGCAGUACGAGGGUCGCUCGCCCCCCGGCGCUACGUGACAGGCAGAAGUUGGCAGAAGAGCCAAACAGCGGGGGUCUCGGCGACCGGAUGGAGGAACGGUGGACUGUAGUAGCUGACUGUGAUUGGCUGUCGGUAAUUCAGCCGGAUCACCCACCACUCGCCGCCGAGCUGAGCUCGCGGGUGGCGGCGCGAGCGUCCCGCCUGAUGCAGGACAGCGGCGACCCGCGGCUGGGCUUCCCCAGCAUGCAGGAGCUGGCCGCCAUCAAGAAGGUCGCCGAGACCCUCAUCAUGCUCGGACAAGAGGUGAUUCCCUCGAUCAUCGGCGAAAUACCCAUCGGUGUCAUAGGCGCCAGCCCUUCGCCUGUAGAAGUACCAAAUGAUCCCGUUGGUAAUAACUAAUUAUAAUUGUUAUCAUAUUACCAUUAUAUUUAAAAAAAUGUAUAUUAAUAAACGGUGUAAGUUAUAUGGUUAAGGAAGCGACUUUCGUACAAAAUAAAAUAUAUGCAAUAAUCA